AUGCCUAAUGCUGGUUUUGAAAUUGCUGAUACAAGAAGAUAUGGUGGUGCAGGACGCCGUGUAGAAGCAUGUGUGACAGUGACAAAGGAUUGGAUGUUAGGUGAUGAAAUGCGAUUGUGUACUGGUAUGAUUGCUCAUUUGGAACCUCAUCAAGAACACGAAUUAAAAAAAGGCAACCGUGAUAUUAGUGUUAUGUGGUCUACAAGGAAACAAUGCAAUUGUUUAUUUCUUGGUCCUGCAAGAUUUGUUAAUCAUGAUUGUGAUCCCAAUGCCAAGUUUAUCUCUCUUGGACACAAUUCAAUCACUUUCAAAAUCAUCAAGGAUAUCAAAUGUGGUGAAGAAUUGACAGCUUUUUACGGGAAACAUUAUUUUGGUGAAAACAAUUGUGAAUGCCGAUGUGCUACUUGUGAAACAAGACGUACCGGUUACUUUACACCUGAAACGGAGGAUAGCGACUUGAUUGGUGACAAUGAAGAUGACUCAACACAUACAUCACGUUCAAGAAAGAGGAAAUCCGGUUUAUAUGAUGGUAAAAGGGAUAUAGUAUAUAUUAUAAUAUAUAUUAUGUAUACGUAG